AUGAAGAGAGAGAGGGGGAGAGAACAAGAAGAGCCAUGUACUAGUAAGGGAAGCAGAACUCAGGAGGCGCAUCCAUAUCGAAACAACCAACCCUUUUUUUCCUUUCAGGUAAAUCUGCUUGACGAUGAUAAUGAUCAAUUGGACCACAUGCAAAGCUUUCGGAUUCUGUAUGCGAGAGAUCCGAUCCAUCCAUCUUCAAGUCAUUUCUCUAAGUGAUAUGGGUGGCUUGUGAAGCCUUGAAAAAAAGUUUGUUCUUGUCGUCUUGUUUUUUUUUCUGGCGCGGCGGAGGAGGAAUCAUGGUUCCGACUCCUGAUGGUUGGUUUUUUUUGUUUGGGACCGAUACUCAUGUAUUUCCGGAUCCGGCCGAUGGGGCUGAUGAUGGGGUGUGGAUUGUACACAUUUUU